CUGGAACUCGUACAACUAUCUCCAGGACAUCGUGCUCAGCAGUAGCCAAGAGAGAAUGGCCAUCGUUUCCAUCCUUCCGUUGGUUUUGGCGGCGUCCUCGGCAUUCCUUGCAAGUGGCGUCUCUGCCACUGCGGUAGAUGAGUCCGUCUGCAUUGUCGUCCAGUGCAUUAGAGCUCCGUGUCCUCCCAUACCUCGAGUUAUCGAAGAGAUUCCAGGGUGCCGCAACUUCUGCGACAUACCUGGGCAACCUGGAGAGUACUUCUGCUGCGACGAGGAUCGAGGUCCAGGAAGUCGACAGGGAACUUGCCCAAAAACAAACAUCCUACCAGACGAAACCUCUGUGCUAUGCUAUGAACCAAAGACAAUCUUAUGCCAAAGUGACCGUAACUGUGGGCCUGGCCAGAAAUGCUGUUACACAGCCAAUACGCAACAUCGCAUCUGUCGCAAAGUGGCCUAUGGUGUCAACUGAUUAACAUCUGUUGAAUAAUUAUAAACAGUUCGCAGAAUCCGAAAACAUUUGCAUCUCCCGCUGUUUGAUGAAUUCAAGUUCCUACUACGAGUCUUGACAAUGUUUGAAGGUAGCCAUCAUCUCUAUGGUACUAGUGGAGGAAUCUGUAUGUUACUUCUGGAGGAAUCUCUAUCGUACUACUGGAGAACCUUUGUAAUACAUUAAUAACAAGUUUUCUAACCUACGCAUGUAAGAUGAUUGUUGUCACAUCUAAUAAAGUUAAAUUGUUCUCAACCACGAUGAAAACUACGAGUCAGUCAGCUUACUGAUAAUGCACACUGAGCUUAUUUAAAUCUAAGUAUGGUUCUCACAUUUUAAACUCCGUUUCCAAGAAGCUUCAAGCAUUAUGCAAUAGCACAAGGUUUUUGUUAUAGGACAUUGUAAUUUCUAAGCAAUGAAUAUUAGAGAGUUAUUAUUUUAUUUUCA